UUCGUGAGCACUUUGCUCGAAAGUGUGGUGGUCGAGUGAGGUGUUGGGUACCUUCAUCACUCUUUUGGCAAACCGAUACGGAAAAAGACGUCGUACCGAUAGUCCUUUCCACAGCCCAGUAAUUUGUACCUAAGCAGGUCUUAAAAAAAAAAUGAGUUCGAGCGCGUGUUAUAAAUGUAACCGUAUGGGGCACUUUGCAAGAGAGUGCCCACAAGGUGGUGGCGGAGGUAGAGGAGAUCGUGGACGAGACAGAGACGGUGGUUUUGGACGUGGCCGAGAGAAGUGCUUCAAAUGCAACCAAUUUGGACAUUUUGCACGUGAAUGUAAGGAGGAUCAGGAUCUUUGCUACCGCUGCAACGGUGUUGGUCAUAUUGCGAAAGACUGUCAGCAGGGACCGGAGUUGAGUUGUUACAAUUGUAACAAGACUGGUCACAUGGCGCGCAGCUGCCCAGAGGGUGGUAAUGAUUCCGGCCGUUUUGCACUGCAGAGCUGCUAUAACUGCAACAAGACGGGCCACAUCGCUCGUAACUGCACCGAGGCCGGUGGCAAGACUUGCUACAUUUGCGGCAAGACUGGUCACAUAAGCCGCGAAUGCGAUCAGGAUGAUAGGAAGUAGGAGAUAACCGGAAUCCGUGCCGCUCGCUUAAUAAUGAUAAGCAGUUUACCGUCGCGCACGCCGUUCCCGGGGAUUGGUAGAUAGAGAUGUGCGGACUUAUAUCGUGAUGCAUACAAUUUGUAUCAACGAGGACAUUGUGGCCGCCGUCAUCGUCAUCGACACGUUCACGAUUGUAACCACAUUGUGGUUGCAAUGAGUCGAUUUCGUUGUCGUCGUCGCCAUUGUCGUCGUCGUUGUCAUAAUCAGAUUUCUAUCUCUCCAUGCUCCUAACUCCCAGAAGUCAGUCUGCUCCCCAGCCCUCCUCGCCCUUAUUCCUAAUCUCCUUCCCCUCUCUGCCCACCGUUGUUCUCUUCGCAAGGAUUUUUUUUUCUUAAAUGAUGUCUUUUAAG